AUGGCAUCAGAUUUAAUUACAAAGUACACCACGGAUCUAGGAUAUGAACUUCAAUUGCAGAGGGGGCUGUUCAUCAACAAUGAGUUCGUCAGUGGCAGCUCUCAAAUCGAAGUUGUGAACCCUACCAAUGAAAAGGUGAUCCUCAAAGUGGAGGCAGCUGGUAAAGAAGAAGUAGAUGCAGCAGUAUCUGCUGCGGACAAGGCCUAUAAAGAAGUCUGGUCAAAAACAACUCCCUCUGAUAGACGCGAUUUAAUGCUACGUCUGGCAGACUUAAUUGAGCGUGAUCAAGAAGAGAUUGCUCAGAUUGAGACUGUCGACGGUGGAAAACCAAUAACGUUUGCUCGUAACGUUGAUGUAAAAUUUCUGUCAGAAUGUUUGAGAUACUUUGCUGGUUGGGCAGACAAGCUACAAGGAAAGGUAAUCGAAGUAGCGGGAGUAUUGACAAUGACUCGUCACGAGCCUAUUGGCGUUUGUGCAGCCAUUGUUCCUUGGAACUUUCCAAGUUUACUACUCAUGACGAAGCUUGGCCCAGCGCUUGCUACUGGCAACACUAUUGUAGCAAAAACCUCGGAGAUUACACCUCUUUCUGCUCUCAAGAUAGCGGCUCUUGCAAAGGAAGCUGGGUUCCCUCCUGGUGUUAUCAACAUUAUAACUGGAUACGGAGAAACUACUGGAGAGCUCUUGAGCCGCCACAAGACUGUAAGAAAGAUCACCUUCACUGGAAGUACGAGAGCUGGGCGUCUUGUCAUGAAAGCAGCUGCGGAAAGCAAUAUGAAAAAAGUAACACUUGAGCUUGGUGGAAAAUCACCCAAUAUCAUUUUCGAAGAUGCAGACAUUGAUAAGGCGGUCAAGUGGGCAUACCGUGGAAUUUAUUUUCAUCAAGGUCAAGUUUGUACAUCUGGAUCUCGCAUCUAUGUGCAGGAAAGCAUCUAUGACGAUUUUAUCAAGCGUUUCAAGGAAUACAUUGGGUAUGCACCCAUUGGCAACCCACUAGAAGGUUCCACUAUUCAUGGUCCUCAAGUAUCGAAAACUCAGUAUGACCGCGUGAUGGGGUACAUCGAAGCUGGCAAGCAAGAAGGGGCCACCGUUGCCCUUGGAGGAGAAAGAUGGGGCAACGAAGGCUAUUAUAUUCAGCCCACAGUCUUUACAGGCGUCAAAGAGGACAUGAAAAUUAUGAAGGAAGAGAUUUUUGGUCCCGUUGUGUGCGUAUCUAAGUUCAAGGACAGAGAUGAAGCCAUUCAACUUGCAAACAAUACUGAGUAUGGUUUGGCAGCUGCUGUGUUCUCUCAAAACUUAGACACAUGUUUGAGUGUUUCAGACGAGAUUCAGUCUGGUAUCGUUUGGGUCAACUGUAUUAACAUGUUUGACACUGCCAGUCCGCUCGGUGGUUACAAAGAAUCUGGAUUUGGCCGUGAAGGAGGGGAGUACGUUCUUGCUGAGUAUACGCAAGUGAAAGCCGUCAAGAUCAACAGAGGCGUUCCCGUUUAG